AUGGAUACCCGCUUGGAUAGUCUUCCGUUUGAGUUGCUCGACAGCAUCGCAUCGUUCGUGGAUGACAAAGACAUUCUCAACCUCCGACGUUCCUGCCACACACUCCGAGCCGCGUCAGACUUCCAUUUCAGGCGGGCGUUCCUCACAUCCAGGACCACAUCACUUGAUGUACAUGACCUGAGAGCUCUCUCCGAACUUUCGAGGCACCCAAUAUACAGCCGUGAUGUCAAGGAAAUCAAGGUCGAUGUUCAACUCAAUCCUCCCAAUCCAGCCGAUAACUAUCGUCCACUUUUCCCACCCUAUGCCAAGGCUCCAUACACCCUCCUGUCAGCCGACCGACGUACGACUUGCUAUACGACUGCAAUCCUUACGUCGGUUCUAGGCAAUCUUCCGGCCUUGGAAUCGAUUCGCAUCGGUUAUUUUAGGAGCCCUUAUUCCGAAUUAAAGCUUCGCCAGGUGGUGGCCCGUCAUCCCAACCCACUUGCGGUGCACAGCACGUUCACUAUGUUUACGGUCGACUAUGACGAGAUGCUCCUCAGAGUCGACGAAGUCAUUUCCGCCAUGAUCGCAAGCGCGAAGCAGCUCAAAGGCUUCUCUGUGGAUCAUGGGACCCUUGACAAACCGGCCCUGCGCAGAAUCCCUGAGCAACGUUUCCAGUCUCUCGGUCUUUGUAUGCAAUCAGUGCGCUCUUUCAAGAUGGAUAUAGGACUGAGUUUCAUACGCUCCCGCGAAGACGUGGCUCGGACCGUAAACAUGCUCUCCGCCAUGCCGAUGCUCCAAUGUCUGGAUCUCUCGAUCAACACACCGUUUGCCGGUGUAUUCGGAGCUAUCAAUGCCAUUGCACCCUGGGCCAACCUCACCACUUGCUCUCUUAGCAGAUUCUCCUGCACUGAAGAAGACCUUCUCCUCUUCGUGCGAAAACAUUUGAGAAACUGUCGGUCCAUUUCAUUUUGUUUUGCAGACUUGAUACAAGGAGAUUGGCGCCGAAUACUCUACUCGAUGCUGACAGCAUCGAAAGUGGAUGAUCUACAUUUAACGGAUUGCAUGUAUCGGUCGACCGUCCCCGGGGGAGGUGGGUUACCCGUCAACGGGGGAGUUUGGCCAUCCGUCAACGGGGGAGUUUGGUCAUCCGUCAACGGGGGAGUUUGGUCAGCCGUCCCCGUGGGAGGGAACCGAGGAUUACGAUGCCUACAGCCACUACAUGCGGGUGGAUCCUCAGCCGAUGCCUUGAAGACACUCCACGGCUAUAUCCCGAGCUAUGCUUAG